AUGAAACUCUCAACAUAUCUUCACACUUCCCUUCUUGCCGCUGCAGCUAAUGCAGUUACCAUACUGUCCCCAGCCGUAGAGGCAGACUACGAUGCAAUCGUCGUUGGCGGAGGACCAGCAGGACUUGCUGCUACCAGCGGCCUCGCACGAGUACGAAGGAACGUUCUGAUGAUCGAUUCUGGAGAAUACCGCAACGACCCCACCAGACAUGCCCAUGACAUUCCUGGUUUUGAUGGUGUGACCCCUGCGUGGCUACGUURUGCAGCCCGAAAGCAAAUCAAAGAGUACGGCACUGCGAAUCUUGUUAAUGGCACUGUGACCAAGAUUGAGCCUCAGAACAAUAACACAUCCUUCAAUGUCUCUGUUACAUAUUCUGGAGACAAGAAGAUCAGCUUCAUUACCCGUARGGUGGUACUUGGAACUGGUAUGAAGGAUAAUCUUCCUGCGACUCCCGGUGUUGCCGAGAAUUGGGGAAAAGGCAUCUAUUGGUGUCCAUGGUGUGACGGUCACGAACAUGCAGACCAAGAACUCGCCAUCGUCGGUCCCCUCGACCAAGGAGCGACAACCGCGCGCGAAGUACUUACUCUAAACGAGGACAUCGUCCUACUCGUAAACGGUACAGACACUCCAGAACGCCGUGCAACCACAGACCAAAAAUUCCCAGGCUGGGAAAAGUACCUAGAAUUACACAACAUCAAAGUCGAAAAUCGAUCGAUAUCCUCCAUCGAGCGCCUCAGAAACGGAACCGAUGGCUCCGAAGACCCCAGUCAGCCUACCCAUCCCGAACACGAUCUCUUCCAGGUCAAUUUCGACGGCGGUGGUGAGCCUUUACUCAGAAACGCAUUCUUGACGAAUUUCGGGGAAGAGCAGAAGUCGAAGCUGGGCGAGGAGACUGGCGUGAUGCUUUACGGGACUAAAUUGGCGGCUGAUAACUCAAAGGGUCUUGCUACCAAUAUUCCUGGCAUUUUUGCGAUUGGAGAUUGUAAUUCGGAUAACGUGACUAAUGUGCCACAUGCGUUUUUCAGUGGGAAACGGACGGCAGUGUUCCUUCACGUCGCUCUAGAGCGUGAAAAUUCGGUCGCUCAGCUUGCUCGGUAUGGUAAUACGAAACGAGAGGCAGAGGCCGAGCUACGGUCGAUUUGGGAGAGGAUGAAUCCUGCGGAUGAUGUCCUUCAUGCUGGGGAUUUCGAUCAAUGA